AUGAACACACCACAAAUUCGUCCAACUGCCUCAAUAUGGGCUCAAGCUUCUACCAUUUGGAAGGCCCUACACGGCCGCAAGGGUUCAGUACUGGUUGAAGCCAAGUCAUUUGAUUCGGACUUUAACACAGCCGAAGGCACAGCCCUCGCUGCUGGCCUUUUCAAGUCAAAUAAGUAUAACCCACAAUAUGACCCCGAAGUUUGCCGCGGUGCAGAUGACGAGACAUGCUUAAAACGUGCUUCUACUCCAUCCUACGUCUCCAUGAUAGCCCCCGAAUACGAUCACUACGACGUUGAGCGCAUAAUUCGUCUCAAACUCUUCCAGUAUGUGGACUUAUUCCUCAACAACUUGAGUGAUCGCCUUCCACCUGAUCAGCUGGCUGUAAUCCAAGCUAACCCGGGAAUUAUGCUCCCAGCAAUAGCAUUUCGUGACCGCCUGGACACUAUUGCCCAUUACCACGUCGUCUGCCGUCUUUUUAGCCUAUGCCCGCCCAAGUAUAAGUGUUGCCUAUCAUAA